GGUGACUGGAGGUGAACUGUUUGAAGACAUUGUAGCCAGAGAGUACUACAGCGAAGCAGAUGCCAGUCACUGUAUCCAUCAGAUUCUAGACAGUGUCCAUCAUAUUCACCAACAUGACAUAGUGCACAGGGACCUGAAGUCACUGCAUCCAGCAGAUCCUGGAGGCGGUGCUUCACUGCCAUCAAAUGGGCGUGGUGCACCGAGACCUGAAGCCAGAGAAUCUGCUCUUGGCCAGUAAGUGCAAGAACGCCGCUGUGAAACUGGCCGACUUUGGACUGGCUAUUGAGGUGCAGGGAGACCAGCAGGCAUGGUUUGGAUUUGCAGGGACACCAGGUUACCUGUCCCCCGAGGUGCUGAGGAAGGAAGCAUAUGGCAAACCCGUGGACAUCUGGGCUUGUGGUGUGAUUCUGUACAUUCUUCUGGUUGGAUAUCCACCUUUCUGGGAUGAGGAUCAGCAUAAACUUUACCAACAGAUCAAAGCAGGAGCUUAUGAUUUUCCAUCUCCAGAAUGGGACACGGUUACUCCUGAAGCUAAAAAUCUCAUCAAUCAAAUGCUAACCAUAAACCCUUCCAAGAGAAUCACAGCACAGGAAGCUCUCAAACACCCAUGGGUCUGCCAACGCUCUACUGUGGCCUCCAUGAUGCACAGACAAGAGACUGUGGAAUGCCUGAAGAAGUUCAACGCCAGAAGGAAACUCAAGGGGGCCAUCCUCACCACUAUGCUGGUGUCUCGGAACUUCUCUGUGGGUAGCAGGCAGACCACGGCUCCCGCCUCGGUCACUGCGGCUGCGGCUGCAGUAGCCGCGGCUGCAGGCACCACAGCAGGGCUGGUGGAACAAGCAGCCAAGAGCUUGUUGAACAAAAAAGCGGACGUUAAGAAGCGGAAGUCGAGCUCUACCAUUCAGUACAUGCCCCAGACAAACAGCACCAAAAACAGCAUAGUCACCAGUCCCAAAGGAAACCUCCCCUCUCCUGCACUGGAGGCACAGACCACUGUCAUCCAUAAUGUAGUGGAUGGGAUUAAGGAGUCAUCGGACAGCAGUAAUGCCACGGUGGAGGACGAGGAAAUGAAAGGAAAGCUUGUAGAUAACAGUUCAGUUCAGUCAAACCCCAGCACCCAGCCUGACUCCGCCCACACACCUCCAGGCCCCUCCCCCGCUCUCUUCACUGCCACUAAGUUCACUGAUCUAUUGGGUGUGGUACGUCGGGGCUCGGUGCCCACAUCUGAUGUUGAGGGUGGAAGCACGAUCACUCCAGCUGUUGUUUCUGCCCCCUCCACUCCUCAGACCCCCAGCAUUCCCAUACAGAUGUCACGUUUGACUGACCUAGUGAGCAGUGUGCGCAGACCUACAGCCCCUCAAACAGACAGUGAGCCGUCAGCAGCAAGCAGAGCCCUUACUGCCCCAGUAUCUGUCCCGUCACACCCCUCCCCUUCCCCUGCCCAACCGUCCUCCAGCCCCCUGCCGUCAGCACAUUCACGCAAACAGGAGAUCAUCAAAAUCACGGAGCAGCUUAUUGAGGCCAUCAACAAUGGCGACUUCGAAGCCUAUGCUAAAAUCUGCGACCCUGGACUCACCUGCUUUGAACCUGAGGCCUUGGGAAACCUGGUGGAGGGGAUGGACUUCCACAGAUUUUACUUUGAGAACUUGCUGUCUAAGAACAGUAAGCCCAUCCACACCACCAUCCUCAACCCUCACGUGCACCUGAUUGGAGAGGAGGCCGCCUGCAUCGCCUACAUCCGCCUCACGCAAUAUGUGGAUGGGCAGGGCCGGCCGCGCAGUAGCCAAUCAGAAGAGACGAGGGUGUGGCAUCGUCGCGACUCCAAAUGGCAGAAUGUGCAUUUCCACUGUUCGGGAGCUCCAGCCGCCCCUCUACAGUGAAGGUUGAGCACAUUGUAGCCACAUCUAUCAAGAGCGCCCAGCCACAAAUGGAGAGUGCAAGAGUGAAAGAGAGAGAGGGAGGGAGGGGGGAAGUUGGAGAGCGGGAGGAAGGAAAGAGAGCCCAGUGAUGGGUGGCUGUGAGUCUGCAGCGCCUGACCCUCCCACACUGGGCCCCGCCCCCUCACCUGUCAAUCACCUCACCUGCCAAUCACUUUUGUGCAUCGUCUUUUGUCUUACCUUCAACUUUACCCCCUCUCUCCCUCCCUCCCAGACACGUCCCUGUAUCUUUACACCCGUGCAGAGACUCUUUGUUGUGCACAUGUGCUGUGUGGAUUUGGACAGUCUUUGAUUAGUACGGAUAAUAAGGCCUCAGCAAGUCGUCUGUGAAAAGCCAUGCUUUCCGUCGCACCUUCCCAGUGUGAAUAAUGUUACACUGAUUCGCCGUCCUCACUUACAGUGUGUAGAUUUUCAAGAUAAUUGUUGUUAUUAUUAUUAUUAUGAUUAAUAUUGUUCUUACUGUUGUUAUUAGUAUUAAAUACAAAGGCAAUUGUACGUGUUACUUACACAAUUCACGUUCUGGAUGCCAAUGAUUUGUAAUUUAUGCCUUUUGUUUUUCUCGAAACAUUUUUCGGAGAGCAUGAAUUUUUCUGUAUAUCCAAAGCGGCCUCGGUGAUGUAGAGAAAUAGAGGCCGCCGUUCAUGUACAGGCUUCUCAAUGUGAUUCACAUCCAACCGACGCGUCUGUCCAUGUGUUUAAACGUUAGUGGACGUAUGUUGGUAUGUGUGACUGUUUUGGGGCAGAUUCUACCAGAGCCUGAGUAAGAACGACGAUGUGACAUUCGGGGUCUUCCAGCUUUAAUCGUUAGUUCACGCAUAAUUAGUGCAGAUUGGGAAAAACUCUGCAGAUUUUCUGUCAGUUGGCGCACUUUGUAUUGGAUGAACUCUUUGUUCUGGAAAGCCACAAUUGUUCUUUAUAUGUGACACCAGUUGCAACGUUAGUAUUAGAUAUUAGUGUUGCACUUUUUUUUUUUUCAUUUGUACCAAUGGUGUUUGGAAGUGCCCAUACAUUUGGACUGACUGAAUCAAACUAAAAUCCAUACCUGAUCUGAACAAACAGUAGGUUUACCAGAUGACCUCCUCAUUGAUGCGUUUUCUCAGAGUAUGGAAAGAUGUGGACAUCCAGUGAAAUUAGAGGAGUUUGAAAAAAAACAACAACUGUUGUAUCUCUACGCUAGUCAUAUUGGAGAUUUAAAAUCAUCAGAGGCCGUUAAAGAGCAGCUGAUUGGAAUAACUUAAGAAAUUCAUUUAAAAAUGAAGAUUUUAGUGAUUUUUUUUUUAACUGAAAGAUUGAAAUUGUUGCUCUUUUGCUUUUUUUGUUAUAUUUUCGCGCCUUAUGUUAUUGACUUAUCACUAUUACUCAUUCUAUUUUUGAGAGUUUAUAUAUAUUUUGUUUUUCGUCUUUGUGCGAGACUUUUAAGGAGAGUGAAAAAUUUGAUACCCUGGAUCCUUUUUAAAGUGUGUUUACCCUUUGGAUGGGCAAAGUGCAAGGUGUGUGAAAACUUUUGAAGAAUGAAGAGGUUUAAAAUCGGCAGCAAUAGUUUUAUAUUUCAGAAGAUGGUGAGAUGAUGUAGUUUUUAAGUAUACGUCACACCUCGUGCAACUCAAUGCUGAUUUCAGUCUACUUUUGAAGGGUUGAUAAUUGUGGUGAACUGAUGUGUCAGUGUGACAUCAUCGCCGGGUCAUGUGACUUAUUUUAUUGAUCUUAUAUAUUGAUUGUGUCCUCAGGUUGUAUUAAUUUAUUUGAUUGUAUUAUUGCAAGUUCUUACAUGCUUCUUAAGUUUGUGUGCAUUGCACACUUUGAUGUUUGAACACGCUAGCUUUGAGUUACGUCAUAUCGAUGAUGACUACUGAUCUUUUGUUGUUAUUAUUUUGAAAGAAAACGUCCAAAGCGCCACUCAUACAGAUAAAAAGAUGCAAUCUUUUAAAAUCCAAUCAAAAUAUUUCUCUGAAACAAAGCGACCCCGCGAUGCACGUGUUUGUGUGUGUGUGCUCCGGUGUUCUGCUUCUGUUACAGUUGUGUCUCAUUCUUAAAUGAUUUAUUUCAUUCAAAACUUCACCUGUGUUUAUAUAAGUCAUCAGAGUUCCAUGCCUGUCCGCUCCCUAAUAAAAUAAAAUAAAAAUAAAAGACAAAAUCUCAAAAAAAAAAAAACAGCAUGUAAAAAGUGUACUGUUCUCUGUGUUUAGCGACAAAAAUAAACAUGUUAACGAGUGAAAGUGCACCUCACUAUUAAAACAGGACACACAGCAUUGAAACUGCAGUUUACUUGCAUUUCAGCUGGAAUUUCUUUGCAUGACAGUCACUUGAACACUAGGUUUGGUGGUGUUUAUCUUUUUGAUUUCAUUUUUUUCUAUUGAAUGCUGGUUUACCUAAACCUUUCUAUUAUCUGUUUUACCAGCUUUGUUAAGUGCAUAUAUAUAAUAUUUU